AUGGCAGGUCCUCCACAGGAGAAUCGAAGAAGGGAACUUUUUCUGUUGAUGCCGUGGUUUCUUCCUCUGGAGCAGGUCCGAGCUGUCGAUGGGGCCAGCAGGCCACGAAGGCGCCUGCUGCCAGCUCUGCUCUGCACGGCCCUGCUCCUGGCUCCGCAGCUGGAUCCAAGGGUUGCGGCGCCGUUCUCGGUACUGGACGCCGGGGUGUCGCAGUACGCGGUCACUCUGGAGGCUCUGGAGGGCAUCAAGUACGUCGCCAAGGUCAGUCCAGGGAUUUACAGGGGAUCCAAUCCGCACGAGGAGGGCAUCAACGCGCUUCGCGCGCUCGGGGUCCGAACCAUCAUCAACCUGCGGGGGCGCGAGAAGAAAGAGAGGCAACACGUAGAAAAAGCAGGAAUGCGUUACGAAUGGAUCCCCCUGUCAAAAACGCACGCUCCGGACUCGGACCAGGUGGAGCGUUUCUUCGACAUCAUUAGGGACAGGACUGCCUAUCCCAUCUACGUACACUGCCUCUAUGGGGUGGACCGCACCGGCACGAUGAUGGCGCUAUAUCGCAUCCGCGAGCAAGGCUGGAGCAACGAGGACGCUCUUGCAGAAAUGUCCCACUUCGGCGACCACGGCUUCAAGGACAUGCGCGCUUUCGUUCAGGACUACAGAGCUUGA